AUGAAUUAGGAUUAAGCAGACCAUAUUCCUGUUAAGGAAGGAUCCAAUCUAGCAAAUGAUAAUCAAGACUAAAAUAAAUAGCCUCAAAGAGUGUCGAAAAUAUAAUAAGCCUUGAGUAGUUUUAGAUCAGGUGUUGAGUAAAUAUACUCUGAAAGCAGAGAGCGCUCUUUGGGAAGAUUAAAAGAGAGCGAAGAUGAAAUGCAGCGCAAAUUCAGCAUCUAAAAAGUAAUAAAUAACGAUGUUGGAGAGCUGUAAAAUAUAGGAUAAGAUAAUUUAACAAGGUUUUUAAGUGAUGAGCAUAAUGAAAUUUUAACAGAAGCUUAAAAGCUAGAUUGCUAUGUUAUAAGAGAGCAAAUUAAAUCUAGUAAAAACAGAGAGGAAGAAGAAGAACGUAUUUACAGACAGUAAAUAGAAAAGCUACAUAAAAAAAAUUAAGAAUUGGAAGAGCAAAUUUAACAAAAAAAAAGACAAUAGCGCAUAAAUUCAAAAAAUUCAUCUUUGAAUUCAUUCGUUAAGUCGUCUAUUGAUGUAGUCCCUAAAAAUUUUAUUCCAACUGCUUUACCAUUUCCUUCUAUUGAAUAGAAAAUGCAGUAGUUUGAUAUAUCAGUUUAUAAUAACCCAUUAUAGGGAUAUUAAGAUCAAGUGGUGAAUACUAACUAAUUUUAAGGUUAAUAAUAAGAUAUUAAAUAAGCUAAGAAUUAAAAGGGAAAAACCUAGCAACUUGACUUUAAACCAAUAUAAACAUAGAUAGAUAAUAUUCCUGUUUAUGCAGCAGGGUAUGAGCAAGAGCAACAAGAUAUAUAGGUUGUGUAUGAAGGAGAGAAAAGAGAUUUGAAUAAAUGUUUAAGGAAAUUUGCUAAAAAGAUAUUUUAUUUGCAAAGAAUGGUAUAAGAUUUGACUGCUGAAAGAGAUAAGUGGAAGACUUAGUUUGAAGGUGUUGAUAGUUAAUACAGAGAAUAUAGAUUAAAAUACGAAGAAGUUAUUGAGCAUAAUAAGCUUUAAGAAAAGUAAAUGAGUGAAAAUAAAGUAAACCUUGAAAAAUAUAAAACUAUGGCUGUUGCAUUAGAAGAAGAAGUUAACAAGCUUAGAUUAUACAACCAUGGCUCAGGAGACCCAGAAGUCUAAAUUGUAGAAAAACUGAUUGAAAAACCAAUAGAAAUAGUCAAGCAUGUAGUUUUAGAGAAAAUUGUUGAAAAGCCCAUUGAAAUUAUAAGAACAAUUGAAGCACCUCCAAUUGAAAUAGAGAAAAUUGUCGAGAAAAUAGUUGAAGUUCCUGUAGAAAGAAUUGUUGAAAAAGUAGUUCAAGUUCCUUUUGAAACAAUAGUUGAAAAAAUUAUUGAAGUUCCAAAGAUAGAAAUUGUGGAAAAAGAAAAAAUUAUAGAAGUACCUCGCCCAGAGUAUAUUGAGAAGCUCGUCCAUGUCGAAAAGCCUGUCUAUAUCGAUAGACCUUAGAUUGUUAAAGAAGUUAUCGAAACAAAAGAUCACGGAUUAGAAAGAGAGCUCAUGAUGGUCAGAGAAGAUUACCACAAGUUGUAAAUGAUACAGGAGAAUUAAUUCAAAGAAUUGGAAGAUUGGAAACUUAAGUGUAUCCGUUUAGAAGACCAAUUCCGUACAAAUGAAGCUGACAAAUCUGUUAUGAUUGAAAGAGACAGGAGUGUGUUAAUGGAUGAGAUUAAAAAUAGUCACUAAACCAUAGAUAAUUUAAGAGACAGGAUAGAAAUGCUUUAUAAAGAAAUUUCUAUGCUAACAGAUAACAACAACAGAAAAAACAUAGAAAUGUCUAAUUAAAUUAGAUUCUUAGAAGAGCAGCUAGCAAUAAGCGCUCCAAGAAUAAUAUCUACUACUUCUUAUUAAGGAUUACCAGCUUAUCAACCUGUACCUCCACCUAUAGUAGAGAAUACAACUGCAUAUUACAAAACAACUGCUCCUGCCUAUCCUAAUAAUGGCUAUUCUUCAUUGCAAUAACCCAUUUCAAACCCUCAAUUUAACAACUCUUAAUCUUACUAACAAACAUUCCAGCAAACAAAUAAUUAAGAAAAUUUACCUUACAGCAACUCUAGAUACUAGUUGUGA